UUGCCUUCAGCUCGUUAAUCCUGCCCAAGAUGGGGACGUGAAGCUCACAUUCAGGGGAUUGUCGGUGCAAGCCAGAUGUGCCCCGGUUCCAUCACCAGUGAUAUCGGGUCCGGACACUGCCAACUUGUACAACAUAACGGGGACUCUUUCCCAUAACUGCUCCGCCACAUCCUAUGUCAUCACCAAUGGCACAACAUGGGACGGCUGGAUGGUCUCCGCCCCUUUUGGAUGUGUGCGAAGCAUCGACCCUCGUAACAACUACUCACUCCCUAGUGACCCGUGGUUUUCCCCGUGGCGUUCUCUUUCCUCAAAAACAUAUCGAGCUACUCAAUGGUCUUCUGCUACAGCCUGAUAGAGGAGCACGAUCUCACCGCCACACUUACACUCAAUCAUGACACCCCAUUCAUUUCCGAUGUCGUGGAUCGAGGUAACGUCUCAUUCCUCAGUUGGGGUCCCAGCGGGAUAGACUGGCCAAGUAGUGAUCCCCGGGUGGAAGGCAUCGGAGACGCGAUCCGCUUUGCCUUGGCUGGUUCCAUCAUGAACUUUGCAGGUUUCUUUGAUGUUGGGGUUGAAGACCCAUCACUACAGGACAGCACUCUCGGGGACGCAAACUCCGUGGUUGGACUUGCCGAGGACGCCGUUAGAUUAUUUCAAGCAACCCUCGCCCCUUCCACGCUUAUCGUUGGACCACCGUAUUCCAGAAAUACCAAGCUAGAGGUGCAGGCAAACGCCCUGAAGGCCAUCCCUCCUGUGGCACAUGUGAUAACUUUCCUGUGCGCUAUCGUAGGAUCCAUUCUUAUCGCGUUUGUCAUACAUCAUUUCUGGCGGCGCAAGGAAUUAUCGACCAAUGCUGCACCUUCAGCGACUACGACGACGGCUCCAGCGUCGGCUUCAUAAAUCGAAGCUCCUAACUACAAGGUUGUUGGGAUGUUGAUGCUUCAACUUGCUGGUAGAGAUAUGUAGCAAGCGUGGAGUUAAUUGCCCUGGUAACCUCACAUCCCCAG